AUGAGCUGUGGAAUUUGUUUCAACCCCUGCACUAUCUUCGAAAGAGUUGAUGAUGCCAAAAAGGGGGAGAAAAAUGACUUUGAGGAAAAUCUUUCAGUAACUUCUACCGAAACAUAUGUCAAAGAAAAGGAAAAGGGAGGUGAAGAAACCCUCAAAAUUCAAGUAGAUGAUGAAGAUACACAAAUGAGGAUCAUUCAAAGUCAAGUUAAUUCAGCUGGUCUCAAAACCACUGCUGAUAUUAAAAGGGUAAGGGAUGAGAGCAGAGCUUUGGUUGAGAAAAAGGUAGUUCUGCAAAAAGAAAAAGAAGAGGUUGGUACUUCAUUAAAGAAGAGUCCUGUUAGAAAAACAAGGCAAUCAACCACCACAGCUUCUAAAACUAAGCCAGUUACUACUUCAACCACAACUUCUGUUCCCACAAAAUCACUUACACCUCCACCAUUAACAACUUAUGUCACCCAAAUAACUACAACCAAUACCACAUCAACACUCACCACAACCACAACCACUGCCAUCCCCACCAAAUCAACCUCUCCCACAUCUAAAACAUCCUCACCACCACCAACACCACUUGCUGCCAUCCUUUAUCAAAGAAGGAGACAAAGGUAG